AUUUUUUUUUUUUUUUACCAAAAACUCCAAAACCGCCACCACUACCCACCACCUUCUUCCGUCCUUAUACCCACCCCCUCAAAUUCUCUUCUUCCCCAUAUUCCAAAUCAAAAUCCCAGAAAAACCCUUUAAGGAAUGCUAUUUAUUUGAGCAUUUGGUUCACAAAUCGCAUGAAUUUGUUGAGAAUUUACUGAGAAUUUUCGUUCUUUGAGUUUUUGGUGUUGGAUAGGUUUUGAGGGAGGAGGAGGAGGAAGAGGAGGAGGAGAAAAUGAAUCUUCUUAAGUUUCAAGUCUUUGACUCUGUUCCAGCCUAAGGUUUGAAAGGUCGUAGUACGUGGGGUUGAGGCGUGCCCCAUGGCAAAGCGCGUGUACCAAGUCUGGAAAGGAAGCAAUUAUUUUUUUCUAGGUGGAAGGUUGAUUUUUGGGCCGGAUGCAAAGUCGUUGCUUAUCAGCUUAUUGCUUAUCAUAGUUCCUGUCACUGUUUUCUGUGUGUUCGUUGCAAGGCAUUUGCGCCAUGAGUUCCCAUCGUACAAUGCAGGAUAUGCUAUUUUGGUAGUAGCAAUUGUUUUCACCAUCCAUGUACUGGUGCUGCUUCUUCUUACAUCAGCUCGAGAUCCAGGUAUUGUUCCACGUAAUUCUCAUCCGCCAGAGGAAGAGUUCCGUCAUGAAUUUUCUGCAUCGGUAGAGGGUGGAAGACAAACGCCCAGCCUUCAAUUUCCCCGAACAAAAGAAGUAAUUGUUAAUGGGAUGCCAGUCAGAGUGAAAUAUUGUGAUACCUGCAUGCUAUAUCGCCCUCCACGUUGUUCGCACUGCUCCAUCUGUAACAAUUGUGUGGAGCGAUUUGAUCACCACUGCCCAUGGGUGGGCCAAUGCAUUGGAUUGCGUAACUACCGUUUUUUCUUUUGCUUUGUCUCUUCUGCUAUGCUGCUGUGCAUCUAUGUGUUUGCAAUAUGUGCUCUGUACAUCAAGGUGCUAAUGGAUAAUAAUCAAAGCACAGUCUUGAAGGCACUGAAAGAGUCACCAGCAUCCGUGGUUCUAAUGGCUUAUUGUUUUAUUUCCCUGUGGUUUGUUGGUGGACUCACUGGCUUUCACUUGUAUCUAAUAAGCACCAAUCAGACAACCUAUGAAAAUUUCCGCUAUAAAGCAGAAAACAGGAUCAAUGUCUAUGACCUUGGUUGUGUGAACAACUUCAUGGAAGUAUUUUGCACAAAAGUAAAACCAUCACGGAACAACUUCCGAGCUAAUGUACAAGAAGAAGAACCACGACCUCCUUUGCCCACUACCAGGGAAGCUGAAGUCGAAAUGGGUGAGGAUCAUCGAGCGAAAGUAGAAGAUGAUCUUGAAUUUGGUGGAGACCUUCUAAAGAUCUCACAGCGUCAUAAUAUUGAAGACAUUGAAGCAGAGAUACGGAGCCGAGGGAGUGAUGGGCACCACCAUAAUUCGUCUGAGGCUGAUUCGGUUCUUGGGUCAGAUAGGCGAGCCCCCAAUGUGCAAGCAGAUAUACGAAACUCGAGCUGGGGAAGGAGAAGUGGGAGCUGGGAAAUUGCAUCAGAGGUCGUUGGCAUGAAAUCCAAUGUCACCGAAAGCAGGAGCCAUGUUUCUCCAAAAGAGCAAUAUCAAUGAUUAAGGAUGUUGUACAGUUGACGGCGAUGGGCCUAACCUUUGGCUGCAGUUGCUUUUGCUUUCUGGUUAGAAAAGGUGCCAUUGAUGGUAAUAUGGAGCAAAAUGUAACUUACUACUGUAAGGUUAAAUCUGUACUACAUUAUGUUCUUUUCCCUUUCUCAUUCACCAGUGGAUAUUAGCCUAAUAUAAAUAUUCUUUUGGGAAAAUUAGUGAAUAGAUGUGUGUAUUUUUUUGAAUGACAAGGAAACUCCCUGUUUUGGCUUGCUGCUACUUCGUAAGUUCCAAUUAGUUGGUUUGUUUUGUCCAGACUUGAUGCCUCUGGAAGUUGAAGUAGUGAUGGCUCUUGCACAUUUUCUUCACAAUAUUUUGUGCCUAUCAGUUAGUUUCUUUUAAA